AUGCUUCUGAGUCUGCAGCUGCUGCUCCUACUGACUCUGUCUAUAAGGACAGAUGUCAUUGCUGGAUAUUACAUGUCCUCAAUAGCUGAAUGCACCACCAGUUCUUCUGAUCUGUCUGAUGUGGAAUUUGUGUAUACCGAUUAUUUUAAUAAGGCUCCACACCUACAGUUUAACAGCACUGUGGGGAAAGUUGUAGGCUUCAGUGACUUUGGAAAGAUACUGGCUGAUAAAUGGAAUGACAGUCCUGUACUACUGGAGCUUCAGGCUGAGCUGGAUAGAUUCUGCAAACACAAUCUACAAAUAGACUUCGGUACUAUUCUGGGAAAAACAGUGCUGCCGGAGAUCCAUCUCAGGUCAGAACAGGAAGCAGUUGCUGGUCGUUCAGCCAUACUGAUGUGCAGCGCGUACAACUUCUACCCCCGAGACAUCAAUAUUUACUGGUUAAAAAACAAUAAAAAGGUGACCACUGAUUCCAUUUUCAUUGAGGAGAUGGCUAAUGGAGACUGGACAUACCAGGUCCACUCCCACCUGGAGUACAAGCCCAAAUCUGGAGAGAAGAUCUCCUGUGUGGUGGACCACGCCAGCUCCAUGGAACCCAUCAUCACCGACUGGGAUCCGUCUCUUCCUGAUUCCGAAAAGGGCAAGAUUGCUGCUGGUGCUGCAGGGGUGGUGCUGGGGAUUGUCAUGGCAGUUGGUGGAUUCGUCUACUACAAGAGGAAAUCUCCAGGGAAGUUGCCGGUGGCAACUUAAGUUCUGGUCCUUGGGCUGAUGUAACAGACCACUAUAAAUUGGAGUCUAUGGAAGCUGUUUAUCUCUAAGAAUCCUUA